CCUCACAUGACCUGGAAACACGCUUUUUUUAUUAACCCGGGCAGUCAGGAGGAAACAUCGUGCUCGCUGUUAAAUUAGAGCUAGACGUAAAGCACGUUUUUAUAAUCUUGCCGACGAACAUUGUUCAGACUAUCGGCAGACCUGAUUUCUUACCUCGAAAAGAAGACCGUCGGCAGAGGAAAGCAGCAGUGUGAGGUUCCAGUUUUUUUUAAACAAACAAUUUCUCGCUUGAAGAAAAGUGCUGGUCGGAAAUAACUUCUUCCGAAUAUUAGUCCGAUCCAGCGUUAUCUUCUGGAAUCCCUCUAUCCCUGACAGGACGCAGCGGCUAAUUGUAACAGAAUCUACCUGUCAUUCCCAACCCCCUCUGCUGGACUUGCCAGGAAGCCGGGACCGCGCACGUGACACCUUUUUUUGUCUUAUUUCUCAGGAGUAGAAAUAACCAAAGGGAGAAGGAAAAGUCUCUCGGACUGCAUUGCAUUUUGCCGGCAAUAUUAACUCCAUGGUGUCACUGAGUUCCAUUUGAAACCUCGCCACUGAUUGUAUCCUGUACACCCGCUGAUUUGUCAUCCAACCCGCCUGCACACCAAAGCAUCCUCUUUGGCUUCGCUGCCGUGCCUCCUGGACUCGUGUCACGCCAGCGGGUGAAGGUGGGAAAAAGGAGGCGUGUGUGCGUACGUGACUGACUGCGGGAGGGUUGGGGCAGCCGUGCGGGCUGGUUAGAGGGCGACGGGGGAGGCUGCAACAGGUGCUAUUCAAAGCGGUGUUGCUGAUCGAAGAGGCAAGCUAGCGGCGCGCGGGCUGCCAUCUGGAACCCGGACCCGGGAGGCACGCGCUCGCUCGCUCACGUGACUGCGGCUCGGACUCCAACGGUCGUUGCUCGCGCUCGCGCUGAGCCCCAUCCGUCAUCCCACCCUCCCUCUCUCCGUACAUCCAUCCAUCCAUUCAUCUCCUGACGAUGGCAGGCUGUGGACUAAAUGAAGACCUCUUCUCCUCGUUUGUCUUCAGUUACAUCAAGGAGAAUCCGUUCUCUCAGCAGGUGGGUCUUUCCUGGAAGAGGCAGUGUGGUUCUCCAGCCAACUAAUGAAAACCCUAAUGACACGAGGAAUUUGUUCUCCAUGUCUGAAAGGCUGGAAGUAUUUGACAUUGACAAGACAAGAUGUGCUGCAUUAGUUGGUGAAGACCAGCCACUGUGUUCAGAUCUUCCUGAACUUGACCUUUCUGAGCUUGAUGUAAAUGAUUUGGACACAGAAACUUUUCUGGGUGGACUCAAGUGGUACAGUGACCAGUCUGGAAUAAUUUCCAACCAAUAUGGGAAUGAAUCCUCUGACUUCUUCGAGAAGAUGGAUGAAGAAAAUGAGGCUAACUUGUUGGCUGCCUUAACGGAGACAUUGGACAGCAUCCCAAUAGAUGAGGAUGGACUGCCUUCAUUUGAUGCACUGACAGAUGGGGAUGUGGCCAAUGUUAAUGAACCCGGCCCUCCCUCAACGCCUGACGGCACUCCUCCGAAUCCGGAGGCUGAAGAGCCGUCUCUAUUAAAGAAGCUCUUGCUAGCUCCUGCCAAUUCACAGUUUAUCUACAAUGAAUGCAAUGGAGGCAGCACCCACACCCACGUGACCAACAAUAGCAGGAUUAGACCAAGCCCGGCUGUUGUCAAGGUGGAGUCAACUUCAAGUAUCAGGGCAAGAAAUAUUUGGCAGCAGGAGAAGUUACAGGUUGAGCGCCGUCCAUGCACUGAAUUGCUCAAAUACCUGACUGCCAAUGACGAUUCUCCUCAGUCCAAAAUAAAUGACAAUAAAAUUAGCAAUAGAGCCAAAAGCAUCUCCAAAAGGAAGAUACAGCUGCAAUCACAGCAAUCACAUAACCUACAAAGUAAGAAUCGACCAACGACUCUGUCCCUGCCUUUGACACCAGAAUCAUCAAAUGAUCCUAAGGGUUCCCCAUUUGAGACCAAGACUAUUGAACGUACCCUAAGUGUCCAUCUCCCUGGUACUGCUGGUCUAACACCACCAACGACUCCUCCGCAUAAAGCUAACCAAGAUAAUCCGUUUAAGACUGUGAUCAAAUGCAGGAUAUCUUGUAAUUCUUCAGUGCAUAGUCCACCACCAAAGAAAUCACGCUUAAAUGAUUCUGCCUCUAACUCUCAACUGAGCAGCCCUGUUAAGAAAGGCCCUGUACAAACUGAACUAUAUGCCCAGCUCAGUAAGACUUCAACUUUAUCCAGUGCACUUAGUAUUACGCAAAACGAAGAAAGAAAGAUGAAACGAUCAAACACAAGGCUUUUUGGUGACCAUGACUACUGUCAGUUCAUAAAUGCAAAGGCAGAAUUAUUAAAUACCAGAGUGUUCUGCAAGGAACGAGAACCUAAAAGUGGUAAACUCCAAAAUCAUCCUGAAAGAGAGCUCUUGUCAGGGGACCACAAACAAAACUUCCUUUCAGCUAAUGAUAAACAAGAAAAUAAGACGGAAAAUCUGCAACAGGAUAUACAGCCUAUCAACUACUCUAAUACCAGGAUACAACUCAAAGACCAAGAAAUUCGAGCGGAACUAAACAAGCAUUUUGGGCAUCCCAGUAAAGCCUUUUUUGAUGAAAUAGAAGAUAAAGCAAAUCAUCGAAGAGAAAAAGACUUUUGUCAUGAAUAUUAUUCAAAAUUGCCUACCUAUCUAAAUGCAGGAAUGUCUCUUGAUGGUGUGUUUGAUGAUAGUGAUGAUGAGACUGAAAAAUUUCUGUACCCUUGGGAUGGAACACCUGAUGGGUUAUUGUUAGAAAGAUCUUGUUCUCGAUCUCUGUCCAGUUCUCCCUGCAGUGACUCUGUUUACUCGCCAAAGACUUGUGCACCUUCUCAAGGAAUAGUCAGGACAAGGUCUAGAUCUAAUUCCUACCCCAGACGUAGAGUUUGUUCUCGCUCCCCAUAUUCUCAUUCCAGAUCAAGAUCACCAUACCGUAAAUCCUCUUCCAGAUUACAUCACUGCUUUGAUUCAGGGAGCGGUAGAGUACAACACAGAUCUCAUGGAAGUCCCUGCUUAUAUUCAAGGUCACGCUCCAGGUCACCUUACAGCCGUUUUAGUAGACCCAGGUAUGACAGCUAUGAGGAAUAUGAAAGUGAAAGGAUGAAAAGGGAAGAAUAUCGAAGAGACUAUGAGAAACGUGAAUUUGAAAGAGCAAAGCAAAGGGAGCGACAAAGGCAAAAGGCAAUUGAAGAACGCCGUGUUAUUUAUGUAGGAAAAGUCAGAGGUGAUAUAACCCGUACCGAACUGAAGAGACGCUUUGAAGUUUUUGGUGAAAUUGAAGAAUGCACUGUCCAUUUGCGUGAAGAUGGUGACAACUAUGCUUUCAUCACAUAUCGUUACACCUGUGAUGCAUUUGCUGCCCUUGAGAAUGGACACACGUUGCAAAGAUCCAAUGAGCCCCCUUUUGAAUUGUGCUUCGGUGGCCGCAGACAAUUCUUCAUGUCGAACUAUGCAGACCUAGACCCCAAUUCAGAUGACUUUGACCCUGCUUCAACUAAAAGCAAGUAUGAUUCAAUGGAUUUUGACACCUUGCUGAAAGAAGCCCAGCGAAGCCUGCGUAGGUAACAAAUACCAAAUGUGCUACUUGUGAAAGAAGCUGCAGAAUCUUACAGGCAGCCUUUCAUUUACCAUCAAAGAACUUGCAUUCAUCAUCAUGGGAUUUAUCCCUCUUUACACUCUGUAUAAAUGAAGUUUACAUGAACAAAGUUGCUGCAGUGUAUGAGGAAACUUGAUAUUUAACAAAAAGAAAAUUGAAAUGUUCUGAUAAGUUAACACUGUUUUAUACAUAUAUAAAUAACAACUUAACUGGUGGAAUAUGCAGCUUGUUCAGCAUUUUAUCUGACAUUUGGAUGUGGUGUUUCAUUACUGAUGAGAGUUGGGAUUAAAUACCCUGGGGUGUUUCAAAUAUAUUAAUUACUCAGUGCUGAAAUGUAGUUACGAAUUUACUAAUGUUAAAAUGAGUUAUUUUUAUUUUGUGUAAAUAUAAUAAUGUUUUGUUUGUUACAGCUAUGCACUGUAAAUGCAGCCUUUCAAUAAUUAAAUCAAGAAUGUAACCACAAGUUAGACACUAGUGUACACUGUUAGAUUUAAAAUUUUGGAGGGGUGCGAAGCUGAAAUGGGUAAAAGUUGUCUGUGUGGCUGCCAAACACAUGGACCAAUGCUUAUUUCCCAUUAAGUAGCUUUACAAUAAACUUGCAACUGAACAACUUAGAAAAUUAAUCACAUCACCACUCCCAUGACUAUGUUUAAUCAUUAAAACUGAUUUCAUUUUUGUCCUUUACAUUGAAUUAAAUAUGAGUUACUAAAUCGGGAGAAAAGUAUGAGACUACUUAUGAUAACACAUGAUAACAUUGUCCCAUAAAUGCCAUCUAUUUUGGAGGAAAAUUAAAGACACUGAAGCCUAAGUAAAUAAAUUUGUUGAAAAAAGAUGAGACAAGAUUCCUGUGCAUUAUGUUAACACUAUCAUGCCCAAAACCAACAUAUCCCAAUUACACUAUUCAGUUAAACUGAUGUAGCUUCAGGCUCUAGCAGGUGGCAUUUUGUUUAUUUGACCAUCACUAGUUUGUAUUGCGAAAUUCUAAUGUUAGUCAUUGGAAAAUUGUCUUCAUUUUUUGCUAAACUGAGUUCUCAACUUUGUAACUGUGUACUAAUAGCAAUAUAAAAGUUUUUGACUUAGUCAUUCAUUACCUGAGGUACCUCUACUGUUUUUUUUUAUCUCUGUUCAGACUAUUAUUAGAUCACAUUUCAGGUGUUAUUACUCAUUUUAUCACAUGAUGCCAAACUGAGGUUUACAUUUUCUUCCCUGGAUUUUGAAUAUUCUCCUCUAUUGUAAUAGCAAGGUUGUAAAAACAAAUACAAAAAAGCAAUAAAUGUUUAUUUUUAAAAAUCUAACUUUAGCAUAUCAUGUUUUGAAGUGGAGGGCAGGCACAUUACCCAGCUUCUUUAAAUGCUUACUGUGUGUUAAAUUUAUGACCUUUUGCUACUACAGUAUUUCAUAAUUUUGCGUGUAGCAGUGACUAACCUGAACAAAAUAAGUGAAAGUGUGCAUUUGUAGCUAAUGUUAGUUCAUGGCUAUUCUUUAUAAAUUGGGUAAUGAUGUUUUGUCCUGUCUGGCAAACGUGAUGAGAAUUUUAAUGAUUGUAAUAUAAAAUUUGCUCUGUACGAUAAAUGGAAUAGCAAUGUAUUAUAUCAGCUAAUUAUUAUUAAUUUUAAUUUAAUUAAAUUCAGAGGACACAGUGCUUUUAGGAUUGUGGGUGAUGAUUUAUUAGUUGAUGGAACUGUACUGACUAGGAAAUGUGAGCUGGAACAUCCAUGUGAGCUUCCUUUGUCUGACACUUCUACCUGUAAAGUGUGGUUGAACCAUUGUACAGAAUUACUGUAAUUUUUUUUCCUAAAUGUGCAGUUAUCAUCAACCUCACUGGAUUAAUA